AUGGAUGCUAUGGGAAUGAGAUGGGUGGUUCCAGGUCUGCCGCCGCUGCACCGUUUCCAUCAGGCGACAGAGAGAUGGAGGAGGCGAGCAGAAAGAGAGAGGGUUCACCGGCGGGGCAACGACCCUCUUCCCGCUCUCCAUCACACUGGAAGCCCCUGGGGCACGCGGCGCAGCGGGCUGCCACGCUCGGAGCUGGUGUCCUCUGAAGACAGCAAACUGGCGGCCGUAGCAGCAAAGAAGGGCAAGAAGGUGGAGGAGGAGGAGGAGCAGCAGGUGCAGCCACCGCCGGCGCCGGCGCCACCUGCAGCGGAUGCACCGGUGGCCGAAGCUGCGGCUGCAGCUCCACCAGCAGAGGAGGAGGAAGAGGAGGAAUAUGUGGUGGAAAAGGUUCUGGACCGCCGGGUGGUGAAAGGAAAAGUGGAGUUUCUGCUGAAGUGGAAAGGUUUUUCUGAAGAGGACAACACAUGGGAGCCAGAGGAGAACCUGGACUGUCCUGACCUCAUUGCAGAGUACAUGCAGAAACACAAAGAGAAGGAAGAGAAAAAGAAAGAGGGCAAAAGAAAAGCGGCCAGCGAGGGCAGCGGCGAGGCAGAGGAGCGGGGAAGCAAGAGGAAGAAGGAGGAGGGUGAGAAAGCGAGAGGGUUUGGCCGAGGACUGCAGCCUGAGAGGAUCAUCGGAGCCACGGACUCCAGCGGAGAACUCAUGUUCCUCAUGAAAUGGAAAAACUCAGACGAGGCCGACCUUGUUCCGGCCAAGGAGGCCAACGUGAAGUGUCCCCAAGUGGUGAUCUCCUUCUACGAGGAGCGCCUCACAUGGCACUCCUAUCCCACGGAAGAGGAGGAGAAGAAAGAGGAGGACAAGAAGGACUAGACGCUAAAAAGAAUACUCUGGAAGUGUGGAGGUGACGUGCAGGAAAUCAACACUCCAGUUACCCUUUGCUCGUUCACACGUGGGGAGAAACGGCCGACUUUUGUUCUUUUCCUGCUCCGCCAGAAGUUCUCAAAAGAUGUUUCCACCUGUGUGUCACCUGAAAUGGUUCUACCUGAAAUUCUGCCUAUGACAGCAGGUAGAACUGGCAAUGUCUGUAGGAAAAUCUGUCAAAAGGAUCUGAAUCUGAAAGAGUUUUUAUAGAAGCAAACUGUCAAAGUACUGAAUGUUUGUCCACAUCAAUUCCCCCCAUACAGCCCCUUCAGCGGUUGAAUUGGGGGUGGGGACAGCCUUAACCUUUUGAUAUCCACCAGCCGGUAGAUGCCAGGUGACCUGCAGGCAUGUGGGCAUUAGAGGGUUGACGCGUUUCAGGCUUCCAGUCCAUCUCCAGGAUGAAUGGGUGGAAACAUCUUUUGGAAAACACAAAGGGGGCGUGGCGGUACACUUUAGAGUACAGCGGUACCCAUACCCGGCAUCAGUUGUAUGUGAAUUGGUGAAAUCCCCUCCAGUUGACACACACACCCACACACACACACAACAGCUCAGAUUCCCAUUUGCAGAGAACCUGUUGGAGACAGCUUGUUCGUCAGUGCACCUGCUGUGUGACGAGCCUCCCGUUCUCAAUCCCGUUUGGAUAGUUCCUCAUUGAAGACGACCCAACGUACUGUGAAAGGAUCAGUGUACCACACAGCCAAUGUUUGACUGCCCAAAGCCCGAAAGCAGACGAGAGUCCUGCCUGCUCGAGCGUCGGCGGAGUUCUUCUCCUCUUUGGCCCAACCCUUCUGUCCGCUGGGGGGCUCUCCGCUCGUAGCCGAUUGACCUUUUCAUUUCCACGGCUUCGUUUGUCUCCACGCACGGAGCGUUAGUGCUCAGCUGACCACGCUUUGCACACAGGCGAUCGUGCUGAACUGACCCGGUUUCUGCGAUGAACAUUUCCUCUGUGGUUCUCUCGUUUGCCAACGUUCUGUGUUCGCUGUGACCCCAGCCGUGCAUUUCUAUGUAUACUGUAUCAAAGGCAACGUAGUGUUGGCGCCCCUGGAGGAGCUGCGUCCAAUCUCAUCUCCGGAUUGUUUGUUUGGGGAGGGGGGGGUGUAAUUGUGCUGAGCACCCCCACCCCCCCUGAUUUUAGUGCAAACGUCUUCUUAACCAUGUCUGUUUUGGGAGGGUUUUGGUCAUUUUAAGGCUCUUGAAUGGCAAACAUUUCGCCUACAUAGGACGUCUGGACGGUUGUCUCCCCCAGAUUUUAGAAAAGUGUUUUAAUUCAGACGUCAACAUCCAGCAGCUGAUUGUUUCUUUUAUUUCAUUCGCCCUUUUUUAACGUCCAUCAGUGUUAUGAGUCUAUUGUCUUACAACCUGACUGACAUCAGCGGCGGGAGGAGAUUGGAUCAGCUGUUCCAGGUCUGCUGCUUAGCAGGUUUUUUCUUUUUUUUCUACUGUAUUUAGCCUAUUAGCUAGUGUUCACCUGUUGCAUGUUGAUCUACUUUUGUCUCAUUUGGAGAAUAAAUGUCAUGGGAUUUUUAAUUUUCCUCCUAAAAA